UUUUGUUCUUAUUCUUUUUGUUGUAAUUAUUGUUUUUAUUUGAUCACAUUUAGAAAUCAUUUUCUAAAUGAGAAUGAAAUCGAAAUUCGUUGAAAUUUAGAAUGAGAAUAGAAUCUAACGAUAGUAUUGAUUGUUAUAUUAUAUUGUCUAUCUAUCUAUACGCUUUUCAGGGACUUUAGUGCUUUUAUACAUAUAAUGAAGGUAAGCGUAACCGCCGGUAUCCUCUUCAUGCCCAAUACGUUUCGGAAAACCGGCUACGUGAUGUCCGUCAUUUGUGGUCUCCUUAUUGGUGUGAUUUACAUGCACAAUUCUGUCAUUCUGGUGCAGUGCUCUCAGAUAUUAUGUCGUCAUCAUCGUUUGCCAAAUUUGGAUUUAGCUCAGACCGUCGAGGUCUCAUUUCUUACGGGUCCCGAGAAUACGCGUUGGUGUGCUAGAGGCUUUGCAAUCUUCACGAACAUUAUCAUAUGCUUCAUCCAGUAUUCAGAAGUCGUGAUAUACAUACUUUACGUAGCCAGUUCCUUUCAGCAGGUAAUCGAAUAUUACGGAAACAUCGUAAUGAACAUUAGAAUCUAUGUGUUGAUAUUUUUUCCAAUUUAUUGUUGCCUGAUACUCGUGCCUAAUUUCAAAUACCUGGUGCCAUUUUCUAUCUUCGGUACGAUCUUCUUCAUCGUCGGUAUAACGAUCAGCUUGAUUUAUUUUCUCGAAGAUUUUCCAAGCCUGAAACGUCUCGAUGCUUUCACAAAUGUUCGCUCGGUCCCAAUAUUUCUCACUAUAUUUCUUUACGCUCUGCACAAUAUUACAAUAUUGCUGCCAUUAGAAAACAUAAUGCAUAAUCCAACUAAUCUACCAAGAUUGAUAAUCAUUUCUACGUUAUUUAACACGAUAAUUUAUAUCAUCUUUGGUUUCUUGGGAUAUAACAAGUACAAGAAUACCUGCGACACCGUGAUCAAGAAUUUGCCUCUCGACGAAGUAUUAGCCGAAAUGGUGAAGAUCGGCAUUUCGAUGAGCAUACUCUUUUCGAUCGGUAUAAAUUAUAUCAUACCUGUUCAAAUAAUCUGGCCGAUAAUAAUGCACUUUACCGGUGUUAACUAUCGUUAUGAAAUCCUCUUUCGUUUGGUUGGUAUUACAUUGCUAACAAUCAUGGCAGUCGCAAUUCCACGAAUGAUUCCUCUUACUGGCCUUCUCGCUGCCUUGGGCAUGACGAGUACCAUAUUGUUUAUUCCCAUGUUGAUAGAGAUCAAUACCAAGUGGCAGGAAGCAACGUACAUUUUAUAUAUCAAGAAUGGAUUUCUAUUCAUCAUUUUUCUCCUCGUUUUGAUUUUUGGAUCCAUAGAAAGUUUGAAUACAAUUAUAGUGAAUACCGAGGCUAUAACUAAUUGCUGAGAAUAUUUUUAAAUGAAGAAAAGAUAUGAAUAUUGAGAUCUCUCGAUCGCGAUAUAACGACGAGUGAGUGGAGAGAGUGAAUAUGUACGUAAGUAUGUACUGCGAUUACAUAAGAAAGUGAACCGAAAAACGUGAUUGGACAUGCCUCUUUGAAAUCGAUUGCAUGCACUAAAGAAGGAAACACGUGCACCAGAUAUGAAAUCGAACAAACAUCGAUUGUGAUUAAAGAAAAAAUAAAAAAAAAAAAAAAACAAGGAAAAAUAAUAAAGAAUCGAAGAGAAAAGAAGGAAGAAAAAUAUAAAAAU